AUGGAGUGCAUCUAUAGCCAAAAUGAUCAGUUCGGCAAUAACUUUGAGCUCUCCCAAAUAGAUGGUGCCCUCCUAAUGUCAUUUCUUGAGGAUUCACAAGUUGAAGAACAGGAUGAUCACUUCCUUGAUAAUGAGAAAUUAUCAAAUGUUAUGAGAUCCCUCGAAGCUGAGAUUAAUCAGUAUAUGGUGGACAGCAACUCCACUACUACUAAUUGGAUGAAUAAUGAUCAUCCGUUCAAUCAUCAUCAUGAAGAGGUGGAGGGCUAUUAUGCUUUGACGCAGCAGUAUAAUAGUGAGCAUCAUGAGUUAGGUUGCAGUUGGAUGGACAUCAUUGAGAUGGAUGUCAAUACUAGUUGGUGCAUGGAUCAAUGUGGAGAUGAGAUGGAUAGUACUUCAAAUGGAAUAUCAAAAUUUGGGAAUGAUCACCGAGAUCACUAUUAUUUUGAGCAUUUCAAUGGAGUUUCAUUUGAGGAUCACGACCUUGUUCCUCAUGGUAGUCUCUGGCAAGAACCUAUGUCAAAUUAUUGA